AUGGCUAGAAAGAUGCCGAAACCCGAUCCGGAGAGGAGAUCUCGCGCCAAUAUGCGUGAACGUCAACGAGUCUCCGAAAUGAAUGGAAUGUUCGAGGUGCUCAUCAGACUUCUCCCACCAUCUCUGUUCCAGAAUAAGCUUUCGCGUUCUCAGAAGUUUAUGAAAUCAAAACCAAUAUCUAUUAAAAUUGAUACUCGCACAGAAGCGGCUUUCUAUACUCUCACCAAACAUCUCCAAUCCUCUCUGGAAAACAACGGCCUCGUGAAGUUCCCUCACAUCUUCCGUGAAGACAGAAAACAGAGUAACGAUGGACAUCGUCGUCCUCUGAAACUGAAGGAAGGCGUUGGUGUGACUGCAUUCAUCUCUCGUUACGACCUCCCAUCCGAUCCAGUUCCAGUCUACAAACCAACUCCAGUCCUACCACAAUCUAAUGUCUAUUUCGCUUAUUUUUGA